AAGCAUUUUUUGCAUAUUUGCCAACACAACAUUUCUAUUUCUGUUGUUUUUCUUCUUUCUCUGUCGGUGCAUGUUCGUUUGUUACAAUCCUCACAACCUCCUAUGGGGAAAAGGCCGCCGUACUCCAACGAUAUAGAGGCGGCUCGUUAUCCCCCGCCACCACCGCCUUCUUACCAUAUACCACAAUCAACACAAUGGUUCUCGUGGUUGGUGCCGCUCAUUUUUUUAGCCAAUAUUGUAUUGUUUGUGUAUAGCAUGUAUCUCAAUGAUUGUCCUGGAUAUUUGAAUGAACAUGAUUGCCUUUACUAUCAUUAUUUGGGAAGAUUCUCUUUUCAACCUUUCACCGAAAACCCUCUCCUCGGCCCUUCGGUUCGCACGCUGAGGGUAAUGGGAGCUCUUGAAAAGGACCUUGUGGUGGGUGAAAAUGAAGGAUGGCGUUUCUUUACUUGCAUGUUUCUUCAUGCAGGAGUUAUACAUUUACUUGCCAAUAUGUUUAGUCUUUUAUUCAUCGGAGUUCGUCUUGAGAACGAAUUCGGAUUCUUUAAAAUUGGAUUACUGUAUAUGUUUUCUGGUUUUGGUGGAAGUUUGUUAUCGAUUUUGCAUCUGGGAGACCCGGGAACACCAACUACCAUAUCAGUUGGCGCAUCGGGUGCGCUUUUUGGACUUCUGGGAGCCAUGCUUUCCGAGCUUCUAACCAAUUGGACUAUAUAUUUAAACAAGUGUGCUGCUCUUACAAGUCUUCUGCUCAUUAUUGGCUUAAAUUUGGCUGUUGGAUUUCUACCUCAUGUGGACAAUUCAGCUCAUAUAGGAGGAUUCCUUUCAGGGUUUUUCCUUGGUUUCGUUCUCUUAAUACGCCCUCAAUAUGGUUAUGUGAACCGCAAAUAUGUACCUCCAGGAUAUAACGUAAAACGAAAAUCCAAAUAUAAAUGGUAUCAGUACGUCUUUCUGAUCUUGGCACUCAUUAUCUUACUUAUCGGGUAUGCAUAUGGGUUAGUUUUAUUGUACGUAGGAAAACCAGAUGAAAUGUUUUCCGUCACAGGGAGUAUUCCACGUUGAAUGAUUCAGAUUCCACAGCUUGUUCUUCAAGUUUGUUUUCAUGUACAAUCCAAAAUCUUCCUUUUGGAAAUGUAUAUAGCAGUACAUAUGUAAUAACAGACUCGUCGCUUUCUUUUGAUCAAAACAUGUGCAUGAUCGCGAAUACUUCUCUGAAUUCUGGUUUGUAGACUAUCCAUGUAAAAUGUUAUGCUCUCUGUAAUAGAAUCAGCUAUAUUUAGAUUCCAUCAGAAAUUAAUUUAUUUAUAAUCAUUAGUAACGGA